UUUUUUUUUUUUAAAAACCAUUAUAACAUGUAUAACGGUAUUGGUUUAAGUACACCUCGUGGAUCAGGUACAAAUGGUUAUGUUGUUCGUAAUCUUUCUUUUGUAAAACCCCCUCCAAAGCAAAGAGAUUAUAAUACCAAUGAUAUCAAAGCAAAUCCUAAAGUGAAGAAAGCUAAUGCUGCUAUUUUGGAUCAUGACCGUAAACGUAAAGUUGAGGUGAAAUGUAUGGAAUUACAAAUUAAAUUAGAGGAUGAAGGAUUAGACGAAGAUGAAAUUGAAGAAAAAGUUGAAGAUUUAAGAAAAACGUUAUUAGCAGAUAUUGAAAAGUUGGAAGAAACAGACAAUAAGAAUUUGAAAGAAUACGAGACACAUCAAUUGUCUGCUGCGAAAGAAAAAGCAAAUGAAAAGAUGAAGAAAGCGCUUAAAAUUGAUCAAGAGUAUGUAGAAGGCUCUGCCUUUGAUCGUGAACUUCAAGAGAAAUUACGAGAAGAAAGAAAAGCAAAAAGAGAGGCAGAAUUAGAAGCUAAGCUUGAAAGAGAAGAAAAGAAUCAAUCUAAAAGACGUCGUCAUUAAUGAUAUAUAUAUGUGUGUGUAUAGUCUUUUUUUUUUCUUUUGAUAACAAGCGAAUGUAUAAUAUGAAUUGAUUAGUUACAACAAAUUUAUGUUAAGAUUAUUUAUAAAAGCUCAUUUAUAUUGUGUCAAACAAUCAAAAGAAGCUCAAAAACUAAUAAUAAAAUUAAAAUAAAUAUCGUAUACGGAUAAGAGA